AUGGAGACUGCAAUAUCGUCGUCGUCAUCGACGACAACAAAAGAAGAAUGUCCAGUCCCACGACUCGAUUCCAUUCCAGAGCAUAACGUGCUGUUCCGACAAAUCAGCGAAGUCCAGAUCGAAAGAGGCCAGCGACCUCACCCAGCCCCGAGCACCGAAAAAGACCAGCAUGGCAACGAGGACGCGGGCGCACUUGCUGACAACGUCCGCAAGAUACGAGGUUUCCGCUGGGUGACAGUCUGCGCAUCCCUCUACGUAUCAGCUCUUAUGUACGGCCUCGACACGACCAUUGCCGCCGAUGUCCAGGGGGCUGUGAUUGAGACAUUUGGACAGGUUGCGCAGCUCGCCUGGGUCGGCGCGGCGUUUCCCCUGGGCUCGGUCGCCGUCAUAUUGCCUUAUGGUGCCUUGUUUGCAAAGUUCAAUAUGAAGUGGCUGUACAUUGCGGGUAUCGUCCUGUUCCAGGCCGGCUCGGCGCUCUGUGGUGCGGCACCCACCAUGAAUGCUCUCAUUGUCGGGAGAAUCAUUGCCGGUAUGGGCGGGACGGGGAUUUAUCUUGGAGGAUUGAAUAACUUUUCGGCCAUGACCACUCGAGAAGAGCGUGGCACUUAUAUCACGGGAAUUGCGUUUUUCUGGGGUAUCGGGUGUAUCCUUGGGCCUGUAGUGGGUGGUGGGUUCUCAGUCAGCUCUGCUACCUGGAGAUGGGGCUUCUACAUUAACCUAGUCAUUGGUGCCAUCACUGCGCCCGUGUACCUCUUCUACCUCCCAGCCAUUCGACCUUAUAGCAGCGGAUCUGUCCGUGAUCGCAUCGAAAAGCUCGAUUUCAUCGGUUUUGUUCUCAGUGCGGGCUUCUGGGUUGCGUUUGCCCUAGCAUUCAUUUUUGCCGGUGGGAUCUGGCCGUGGGCGGAUGGACGCAGUAUUGCAACCAUAGUGGUGUUCCUUGUUGUCUUGGUGGCAUAUGCUGCCCAGCAAUACUUUUGCAUCUUCACCACUGCGGCGACUAGGUCGUUUCCGGGACACCUCCUAAAGUCCAGGACGCAAAUUUCGUUGUACAUUGGAACAUCAUGCUGCGUUUCGUCGCUAUUUUUCACGACAUAUUACAUCCCGGUCUACUUUCAAUUUGUUGCUGGCGACACGGCCCUCAUGGCUGCAGUCCGGCUGCUGCCUUUUCUUCUCGUCACCAUAUGCGUCAACCUGGCGUCCGGUCGGGCAUUGUCCAAGGUCAAGUUCUACAUGCCCUUCUAUCUUGCCUCGGGGAUUCUGAUGACGCUGGGUGGGUCGUUGCUCUACGUCUACCUCAAGCCGUCGACACCAGCCGGGCAUAUCUACGGCUUCACUGUCAUUGUCGGUGUGGGAACUGGUCUGGCUUUGCAGUUGGGAUAUGCCGUGGCAACGCUCAAGGUCCCAUCCGGAGACAUUGUCAAUGCCAUCAAUAUGCAAAAUGUCAGCCAGAUUGGGUCUACAGCCAUUUGUCUGGUGAUUGGAGGCCAAGUGUUUCAGUCCGUCGCCGUCAGGAAUCUGAGUGUGGUCUUGGCUGGUCAAGGUUUUAGUCCGGAAGAGAUACAGAACGCCGUUUCUGGCACUCAGAGUGUCCUUUUUCAGCAUUUGAGCGACGAACUGAGGAGCGCGGCAGUUGAUGCAAUCACGGGUGCCAUGCAAACUGCAUUUGUUCUUGUGAUUGUCGCAGGGGGCCUGCAAACUUUGGCAGCUGUCACGAUGAAGAGGGAGCGCCUGUUUGGAGAGGUUGUGAUUGCAUAA